ACUUUUUUACCUUCCGAAAUCAGUGGAAAAAACAAAAGCAAAAGCACCGCAAAUGACUUCUAUGAUGUCCUUAAGGCGUUUCGCCAUAAUUGCACCCCUAACGUUUAUGCAUAACAAGCACAACAACAGCAACAAUAGUGCAACUUUAAAUAAUGCUAAUAUGGCAACAACACCUACAACAACAGCAAAUACACAACUGGAAAGUGCGUUAGCGAAAACAGAUGUUGACAUUAAGCAAACACAAUCAGCAAUUGGAAAAAAAACAUUUCGAACAACAACAAUGCCAACAAAUAGCGGCAGCAACAAAAGCACACAAAACCACAACAAACGUAGUCGUCAUCAUCAUCAUAGCCCUCAAAUUAUCGAUGAUGAUGAAGAUGAUGACAUUUACAGCGAUGAGACAAACAACAACGCCAGCUAUGCUACCAAUAACUAUGACAGCAAUGAGACAUAUACGAAUAUAAUUAAUGCAUAUGCGCCUGCCGGCAAUGGUUUGCAGACAAUACGCGCCAGUUUCGGUUUGAGUGGCCUCAUCGGUCAUAGUCCAGGUGGCUUAAGUAGUGGUGGCAACGGCGUUGGCGGCGGUCAUCAAACAUAUCCACAUGCAAUUAACGGAAAUCCCAAUUUACUGUUAUGCGGCGCCAUGCUUUCAGUGAUUAGCACAAUUUUAUGCGUUGUUUGUUAUUGUUGCCAUCGUAACAUUAAGAAGCGUACCGAGGCAGCUUAUCGACAACAACACCAAUGGCUUGAAAGUGAUCCAAAUAUGGAGAUAUACAGUGUUGAGCAGAGCUACGAAACGUCUGGUUUAUUUUUGGGUGAAUCCAGUGAUGGUUUCACCACCUUGGCUACACUGCAUCACGAGCCGCCACCGUCAUAUGAUGCCGUAGUAGCAAUGCAGGAGCAACAAAUGCUGCAACGUCAACUUUAUCAGCAACAGUGUCACCUGCAGCAUCAACAACAAACGCAUUUACAACACAACUCGCCGCCACCAGGCUAUCGUUCCACACUCACCGUCAACGAUAUGCCAACACCAACAAUAACCGCUUCGGGGACAACCAGCAACAUGGCCAUGGACACACUGUAUAACGACAGUAACGGCAAUUUGAGCAACAGUUGCAAUAUAAGCAUCAGUGGCAAUAGUAUUGGUGGUAAUAGUUGCAGCAAUUUCUUCGCUUGCAGCAAACCAAGCACCACAAGUAACAGGUACAAUGGCAGUGGUAGCAGCAACAACAACAAUCCGCCAUUUUUAAAUAUGAAAAAAGUGUUGAAUGCUCAGUCUUGUUGCUCAUUGCAACGCGCCGAGGUGGAGAAUAUGUGGAAUGCCGCCGCUGCUGCGGUAGCUGUACGCGCCUCACACGCCACAUCGUCGCCUUGCGGUGUCGCCAGUCAAACUGCCGACAAUACUGCCACCACCAGCAGCAGCGUCAGCACUAACGGCACUAACAACAAUGGCCACAAUCACUUGUCCCCCAAGCUUUUGGCACGCAAGUCCCUGCCACUGCCACUGACGCUGCCCGCAAAACUUACAACAAGAGCCGGGGCACGCCGCUACCUACCACAUCACAGCACUUACUAUCGUCGGGGUUGUCCACUUUGUGGCAAAUUUCGCUAUGACGUCGAGGAUGACUCGCUCACGCUGUCCACGGAGAGUGUUUUGGACGCGCCCACGGCCGCCGCAACUUUACCUACAACAACAGCGGCAGCAGGGGUGGAGGAAAACGUAGGCCAAACAUAUCACUGUAACGGCAAUGAUUUGAACUUAGAUGAUGGCUGUCAGAAACUAAUUGCAACAAAUGGACAUGUAGUGUGCAGAGAUGUGUUUUUGAAGGCGGAGGAGGAGGAAGAUGCUUGCGGUAAAGUGUUGGGCGCAACAGUUGACCAAGAGUCGGAUAAAUGUGCGUGUGAAGUUAAUAUUUUGGAGUCAUCGACGAGAGCUAUUGUCGAUGAUGAAAGUAAUGGCAACAUAAAUAAUCAAAACAACAACAACGUUGUGUCAAUUAACAAUAUGAAUAGCGAGAGCAAUACAUUACUCGAAGAGACAGAUGACCAAAGGCCACGAGGAAUGAGCGAUCGAAAUGCAAAUACACAAAUUAUUGUACAGUCGAUGGUGACUGACGUAGUAGAGGUUUCGGAAGAAGUGCAAGCAGUUGAAGAUUCCACUGGGGGCGCAGCUGCCGUCACCGCAAAUACACCGGAGGACACAACUUUAGAUGACUUAAACGCUAAUGGCGGUAUUAUAAGAGUCGACAUGAGUAAAAUAAUCGAUCAGACAGGCUUACCCACCUAUGAAGCAGUUGAGAAAUUGGACACCAGCGGUUAUGUGUGAAGUGAAGGCAGAGCAAAAGUAGCGAAGGAAGCUGCUAACUCAAAGUGAAAUGUGCUUUAUUAGUUUUAG